GGUGGUCCAAGGCAUGAGCAGUUUAAAUGGUCAGCACAAUGUUUAUCCUGGAUCACCUGACUUAAUUAUUCAGAGCAUAAAAUUCAUCACUGGUCCUAAAUCUACUGUCAGAAACUCAUUUAAGUUGAAUGAGACAAACAUCACAAAGAAUUUUCCAAAUACGGAUGCUUGCAUAGCAUUUCGGUUUGUGUUUAACGCUGAGACUGCUCACAAGCAUGUGGAUACAAAAACCUUGGUACAAGAAAUGAAGAAACUCAAGUAACAAGUUCACUUCUAGGUUCCUUACUUGACUUUAUUGAGGAGGUACAAUCAGCACAAACAGAGUUUCAAAACCAGGCCAUGGUCAAGCUUUUCUCCACCAUCAGUGAAUCGUCUUGAUCUGAUGCUUUGUUUCAUUAAUUUUAACUCUGGGAGGAAGGUGUCCAUAACAUUCAACCUUUCUUGCUUGAAUAGGAAACCUAUUUUCUGCUGAAUCUGGCAAGCAAAAACCCGAGCUUGUUCAGGAUGCACCGACAAACAACGCAGCCUUUGCCUCAUUGCAGCCCCCAAAAUCGCAGUCUUGUCUGCUCAGCUCAGAGAGAGAGAGAGAGAGAGAGCUAAUCCCUUGGAGAAAGAUAGUGUUAUAUAUCUGAUCGUGGAGCAUUGCCCAACUCCAACUCUCUUUGAGGAAAACUUUACUAUUCUUAGAUUACCUGGUUUCUGGGCUGAAAUCCAAAUAAGUGGUAGACGAAUUGAAACAUGGGAUAUCUUUGUGAUUUCUGUGGGGAGCAAAGAUCUGUAGUAUUCUGUCGGUCUGAUGCAGCUAGUUUAUGUUUGUCUUGUGACUGCACUGUCCAUUCUGCAAAUGCCCUUUCAAGGCGUCACCCGAGGACACUUGUUUGUGAAAGAUGCAAUUCUCAACCAGCUUUUGUACGAUGUAUAGAGGAGAAGUUAUCCCUUUGUCAGAAUUGUGAUUGGAUGGGACAUGUUAAUUCAAAUGUAAGUCCCGCACAUAAGAGACAACCUGUUAAUUGUUACUCCGGCUGCCCUUCGCUUUCAGAACUUUCUGCUGUUUGGCCUUUUCUCGUCAAUUCUCCUACAGUCGGAGAUUCUGCAUGUGAGCAGGAAAUGGGUUCAAUGAGUAUUACUGAUAACAGAACAAUAGAUCGCCAAGAACCCCAAGAAAAAGCUAACACGCAAAAUGAAUCAUUACGGGGGGAAGCUAACAGCCAGCCUAAUAUGGUCUUGGAUAAACCAGCAGGUUGGAUGGAGUCAUUAAAUCUUCUUGAUCACAGGCUGCAGAAUGUGGAUCAGCCGACUGCAUCUACUAGCUCUUCCAUGCCCAAGGUUUCCUUAUUUGGAGCAAAAGGGCGUGUGUUGUAUGAGGAUGAUGGUUGCUAUGAUAAUCUCAACAUGGAUGAGAUUGACAUGGGUUUUGAAAACUAUGACGAACUGUUUGGUAUGUCUCAUGAUAAUCCAAAAAAUAUUUUUGGUGACGAUGGGAUAUUUGGGAUGAAAGAAAUGUCCACAUCCAACUGUCAAGGUGCUUCUGCCGCUGAGGUAUCAUCGACUGGAGGACUAAAUCCGAUGCAACCAGCUUGCAGCAAUGUAGCAUCUGCAGAUUCAGUUAUUAGCUCUAAAACUGAGCCCAACUUAUGUUUCACGAAGCAGGCACACUCAGGCCUCUCAUUUUCCGGCCUUACUGGGGAAACCACUGGUGGAGAUUAUCAAGACUGUGGAGUUUCAUCAUUGGCGAUCUUGGGUGACCCACCAUGGUACCCUCCAGGUCCUGAGAGUUCCAUACCUUCUACUAGUAGGACCAAUGCUGUCAUGCGGUACAAAGAGAAGAAGAAGUCACGGAUGUUUGAGAAGAAAGUGAGGUACGAAUCUCGCAAGGCAAGAGCAGAUGUACGGAGGCGUGUGAAGGGACGCUUUGUCAAGGCUGGUGAAACUUACGACUAUGAUCCACUGAGCCCAAGCAAGAGCUACUGAGUGGAAAAUAAAUCGAUUGAAAUACUAAACUGGAGAUGCUGGACGAAACCCUCCUUGACCGUGUUAUAUUGUAUGAACAGAAAAUGCUUGAUGACUCAUGCUGAUUUCUCCAUUCCCCUUGAUAGCUCCACAUGUAUAUUUGCAUUGGGUGGAGACAAGGAUCACCCAUUUGCACCUGCAUUUAUCAGCUAGUUUAGAUUAAUUAGCGUGACCUGCGACUGUGAGGAGAAGAGAAAGAGCCUCCAACCUUUAGAGCAUCACCCUCCUCUCAAGGUACACAUUUUUCAUAAUAAUGGUGGAACAACAAUUCUUCGCGGCCAGUGCAUCUGGGUCUACAUAGCAGAGACUCAAUUUGCUCACUCGAGGAAUGUGGUUGUUCGUACGCUGUCGUAGUAGUAAAUAGUCUUUCUGAGAUCUUGGUGGACUAGAAGAAAGUUAAAACUGUGUAUUUUCUCUCCUUUCCCCAUGUUGGAUGACAUGCAACACAUUCAUUAUAGCUCUAGUGUUAGAACAAAGGCUGAGAUUUGUUGUUUUUGUAAAAGCUAGUAUUUGUUUAUACAUAUGUAGACAUCAGUUUGUGAA